UCCGCCGCUCUGCGCCUGCGCACUAGGGGCCAAGAUGGCGGCGCCCGGUGGGCUGCAGGAGGAGGCGCUGAAGAGGAAGGAGCGGCUGAAGGCUCUGAGGGAGAGAACCGGGGCGGCGGCCAGGCAGAAUAAAGAUGACAGCGCACCAGAUCUCAAGCAUUUCCGAGGCGACGGUGAAGAGAAAGAUAUGGGAAAGCAUAAGGAGCUCAAGUUGCGGAAUUACACUCCGGAAGACGAAGAACUCAAGGGGCGGGUGGUGCCCAAAGCGAAGCCCGCCUCAGUGGAAGACAAGGUGAAAGAGCAGCUGGAGGCUGCGAAGCCCGAGCCCAUCAUCGAAGAAGUGGACUUGGCAAAUCUUGCGCCCAGGAAACCUGACUGGGACUUGAAGCGAGACGUGGCUAAGAAACUGGAGAAGCUGGAGAAGCGAACCCAGAGGGCGAUAGCCGAGCUAAUAAGAGAGAGGCUAAGAGGCCAGGAGGAAGAUCUGGCGUCAGCGGUUGACUCAGCAAAGCAGGAGGGAAGCGAUUCGGACUGAGGCGGCCUCUCCGGCAGGCUCUCCUUUGCCCCGGGUGGCCCUUGCGCGAAGCUUCUCUGACUCUGUGCUGGAUGCAGGGCUGUGGAACGAGGGGAUGAAACACGCUUGACACAAAUC